GAGGCCAAACAAUAUUUCAUUUUGCAAUCUGCAACCGUCAAGAAAAGAUUUUUGGGCUUAUCCAUGAUCUAGGCCCAUCAAUGAAGUAUGAUCUUGCAAGGUUAAAGGAUGAAUCAGGAAACCGCAUGUUGCAUCUAGCUGCAAGCAAAGCACCUAUUCAAAGGCUCAAUCAAGUUCCCGGUGCUGCUCUCCAAAUGCAACGUGAGCUACUUUGGUAUAAGGAAGUGGAAAGUAUUAUGCCCUCCGUCAAUGACCUAUAUCAGAACAAGAAAUAUGAAAAAUCAAGAAUAUUAUUCACUGAAGAACAUAGAGACCUAGUAAAAGAUGGAGCAACAUGGAUGAAGGAUACAGCAACACAAUGCAUGGUGGUAGCAACACUAAUCACUACUAUUAUGUUUGCAGCAGUGUUUACUGUACCAGGUGCCAAUAAGGAUAAUAGUGAUCAUACAGGAACAGGAGAACCCAAUAAUAAUUACGUACAAGGCAAGUUUCCACUAGUUUUUGUCAUAUCAAAUAUAUUAGCACUUUGCUCUUCGGUUGCUUCAAUGUUGAUGUUUCUGGCCAUUAUUACUUCACGAUAUGCGGAAGAAGACUUCUUGUCGACUUUGCCUCGGAUGUUGAUGUUGGGCCUUUUAUUUCUCUUUGUUUCUAUAGUGGGAAUGAUGAUAGCCUUUGUGACAGCUAUCUUAUUUAUGCUUCACUAUGAUGUUCGCCGGUGGGCCUCCUUUCCAAUUAUCUUUCUUGCAAGUGUCCCAGUCACUAUAUAUGCUUUGGUGGAACUUCCUUUAUUCAUACAAUUGAUGUUUACCACAUCCUCGUCAGAUGUCUUCGGGAAGAAAAACUUAAAUCACCAUGCAUGAA